AUGACACUGAGGCCUUGCCUUCUACUGCCCCGACGAGUGAGCCAUACUUUACCUCCACCGGACGCCAUCAUCCCGUAUCUGGCUGAGGCCGGAUUCGGCGACACCGUGCCCCUCAGGGAUUUUACUUUUGACAAUUCCCUGAUUUCGACACUGGUGGAGCGAUGGCGUCCAGAGACGCACACGUUUUAUCUCCCGUGGGGUGAGGUCAUUAUCACCCUGCAGGAUGUGGCGUACCACUUAGGCCUACGCGACGGUAACCCCGUCGGGGGGUGCCUCUGUGACUUUGGUAGGUGGUACCAUACGGAGACGUGGGCGUUGGUGGAGCAGCUCCUCGGUGCCAGGCUUCCCGCGGCAGCACAGCAGGCGGUGCAGAGGAUGGAGUCGUUCACCCUGAAGCUUGUGUGGCUACGGGAUCGUGUCCGCCAGAUGUCCCAGACAAACGAUCCCGAGACCCUCCGACAGUACCCCAAGUGUUAUAUCAUGUUACUAAUCGGAGGGUAUCUGAUGACCGACAAGUCCAACAAUCUGGUGCACCUUCAUUGGCUACCGUUGCUCCGGGACUUUGCGGAGUGUAGAGCGUUUUCCUGGGGCUCGGCUGUGCUGACCUGGACGUAUCAGUCCCUUUCUUUGGCGGCUCAGCAGGGCAUAAUGGAUAUCGCUGGCUGCACUCCGUUGUUGAUGUCCUGGAUUUAUCAUAGAUUUUUCCAGUGGUGUCCACCAGAUAGAGGCGUCUAUCAGUAUCCACUGGCUGCGAGGUGA